AUGGAAAACAAAGAGAAGAACACAUCCAUCUCUUCUACCAUAGAGUCCCCUGAUAAGGGCAUCCUUGAUCCUCGACCAAAGGAUGGAGAGCUCGCAAAUCAACUUGAAGAUUUAAAGGUAGGUCGGGAAGAUCCAAAUCCCAACGAUGUGAAAGAAGAAAAAGACUUGAAUAAACAGAUAAGUGAAAGCAGCAGUGUGGAAGCUACUUCAGCAGUAGUAAAGAAAGCGGCAGAAGAAGUCCUUGGUGAGGAGAAGGAAACAGAGCCUGUAUUUGAUGGAACUGAGGCUCCAGGACUGGAAGCAACGAGGAGCUUUUCGAGCCGCUCUUUUGAACUUGAUCCAGAGGCACAAGGUUCUGCUUGGCCUGAGAAGGCUGUGGCACUGAAGAACUUUGUAAAGGAGAAAGGUGUGGUGGCAGUUUCUAGUGUUCUUCGCCGCCUAUCAGGCAAAAAGGAUGAAGAUGAGCAGGUCCUUCCAGAUGGUGAAGAGCAUAAUGAUCACCUAACAGAAAUCGUAGAUGGCUCUGACUAUCCUACAACAGAAAAUAAAAGGAAAGAGGCGUCCCAUAGGAUAGGGGAAUGGUCUACAUGGAAUCCUUUGAGCUUCAUUAAGAUUGGCCGUGAUAUAGAAAGCCACCAUAAGACUGAUCAGUCAGAGGUUAUUAAUGUAGAUUACCCUGCUGAGGUGCCAGUCAUGAAAGGAAGAAUUAUAGUGUACACAAGGCUUGGAUGCAAGGAGUGCAAGGAAGUCAGGCUAUUCAUGCAUCAGGAAAGGCUGAGAUAUUUCGAAAUUAACAUAGAUAUCUAUCCUAGCAGAAAACUGGAAUUGGAAAAGAACACUGGAUCCCCAGCCGUUCCCCGGAUCUUCUUCAAUGAACUUCUUAUCGGCGGUUUAAGUGACCUGAAUGCCCUUGAUGAGUCCGGGAAGCUUGCUGAUAAGAUUAGUCUUCUUAUCAAUGAUGAGCCCUCUCCCGCAGCUCCUAUGCCACCAUUACCUGGUGAAGAUGAUGUGUCUGGUAGCGGAACAGUUGAUGAGUUGGCAUCCAUUGUUAGAAAGAUGAAGGAAUCAGUUAUUCCUAAGGAUCGAUUUUAUAAGAUGAGAAUGUUUAGCAACUGCUUUCUCGGUUCUGAAGCUGUGGAAUUCCUGGCAGAGGAUCAAUACUUGGAAAGAGAAGAGGUUGACCGCUUACUUACUAAAACAUUUAUCAUUAUCCAUUUUUCAACUAAAUUUUGUCACACACUGAAAGUAUAAAUUUAACCUCACGUACUAGUAUUUUUUCUUGUUCGAAAACGCAAUGUAUGUAUUAUUUUUUAAAACUUGCUCUUUUAAGCGUGGGAUUUUGUUAGAAGUCACUCUGUUAGUCCUGUAAAUGAUAGUUCUCGGUCAAGGUUUCUCAACAACUUGGAGGGUACACUUAUGCCUGGUUUUCUAAAUGUAGUGUGAACAGAUUGGCAGGAUGCGAAGAUAUGGCUUUUUCAAUUGAAAGACUUUCAGUUUUAUGCUUCCCCUUAUCUUAAAACAGUAGUUUCCAGAGAUCAAAAGAUCAUUUGAUUUUGUGGGCAUCUAAGCUUCGGUGGAUACUUUGAAAAUGGGAUGGCUCUAUAUGCUGUGAUAUCCUAAGAUCACAUGGGUAACUCAUCUUUGAUGAGGCUGGAAAAUUUCUAUUUCAAUUGUUAGCUUUUCAUGAUCGUUUCCAAACUCUCUCCGUAUCCAAUUAUUGACCAGGUGUUAUGGGGGUCCGUUUGGUUGGACAGGUAUCUUGACUUAUUCACCUUGCCUUUAGAGUAGUUUUCAUCAUUUAACAUUUCGAAAGUCAUGGCUCAUUAUGCUCUCUACCUAUCAUUCCCUUCACCUUGUUUAUGUGUUUGAAUGGUUGCCUCGACAGAUAUUUCUGUUGGGAUAUUUAAUGUACUUCAAAUCUUAUGGCGAUUCUACUUUGUUCAUUAGUUUCUCCGGCAAUACCAUGCAGGCAGUGGAAUUUGGCAGGAAGCUGGCUGCAAAACACUUUUUUCGACAUGUCCUUGAGUAAGUCUCUUGAUGCCAUUUUGCUUCAAAAGUGUGAAAUAUUUUUGUGUUUCUUCUAACAGUCUGAUGAUUUCACCAUGUCAGUGAAAAUACUUUUGAAGAUGGAAGCCAUCUAUAUCGAUUCCUGGAUGAUGAUCCUAUUGUCGUUUCUCAGUGCUACAAUAUCCCCAGGGGCAUCAUUGAUGUGAAACCAAAGCCUUUAAUUGAUAUUGCAUCAAGAUUGAGACAUUUGUCUUAUGCAAUGUUCGAAGCAUAUGUCUCUGAUGAUGGAAAGCAUGUGGACUACAGAAGUAUCUAUGAGAGUGAAGAGUAUAGAAGGUAUUUUUUUCUUGAUUGGCUUGUAGAAAUCUGCUCCUUAGCGUUUCUUUGCUGGCAGAGCUGAAAUCAGUAGCAUAAUUUACUAUUUAUUUUCAUCAAUUGUCUGCAUAAAAUUUAUGACUCUAAUAAAGCAGUUUCCGUGUUUUCUCUGUUCCUAAACUUUGUAUAUUUUUUAUAAUCGAAAACUGAGAUGGAUCCUGAGUGCGGAAUAUCGUAUGCCUUUGUGAUAAAAGGCUAGAGAUGUCAAUAGUGGGUGUGAGGAGGGUGGGGGCAGUCAAUAGUGGAUUACUGAUUACACUGAUUACUGUCUACUUCCCCUUGGAGGAAUAGUUGAAGCUAAUCCCAUGCUAUUUCCGUCUUAGCAUCAACCGAUGAGCAGGGCAGGUGCAUGGAAAUAGUUACUUUAAUUCUUCUCUUGAUGAUCUCAGAAGCCUAUUACCUGAACAAGCUCUUUAGGUUAUUGAAGAGUAAAAAUUAAGGCCUUCUAGUGAUUUGUAUGGUCUAAUUCAUUUGAUCAAUCGCUUACCUUCAACUUUUGCAUCGUUUUCUCCAUUAGUGCUGCUAAACAGGAUGUGUUGAAAAGUGUGUACUCAUGCGUAUAAUUCAGCGUCCGUUUAUUAGCCUAGAACUCGAUAGCUUAUGCUUAUAAAACAUAAAUCGAAGAUAAGGUAUUUUAUUUACUUUGGAAAUUAGACGUUACUAGGAGCCUAAUUUCAUAUCAUAUGGGAAUCAUACCAUGGGAAAGAACAACAAUAUCAGACUUCAUUCAUCAUCUGGCGUAAUGUGCAGGUUUCUUGUUACACUGUGGAGAAGAAUGUUUUGCCCUAAUGACAGAAGUAUUGCGGGGAUUCCUAGUGAAUAUUAUUCCAGAUAAUUUAUAUCUAUUUGCUUCGAUUUGAUCAGGUAUCUGAGAAUAAUAGAGGAGCUUCAGAGGGUGGAGCUACAGGAUGUGCCCAGGGAGGAGAAGCUUGCUUUCUUCAUCAACCUUCAUAACACAAUGGCUAUACAUGCCAUAUUGACGUGGGGUCAUCCUGUUGGGGCAUUAGACCGGAGGAAAUUCCUCGGGGAUUUCAAGUACGUCAUCGGUGGUUGUUCAUAUUCACUUUCUGGCAUUCAGAAUGGGAUCUUACGUGGAAACCAGCGGCCGCCGUAUAACAUAGCUAGGCCUUUUGGCCCCAAAGAUGGACGCUCCAAGGUAAGAGUCGCUCUUCCUUUAAAUUGUGUGCAUGAGAUGCCCUUCAAUGCAUUGACACACUCACACAUGCACAUGCGCGUGCGUGCACACGCACACGCACACGCACACGCACACGCGCGCACGCACACACGCGCAUGCGCGCACACACACACACAACAGUACCACAUUUUCACAAUCGACAGGUAGUGUAAGAUCUAGGGAUUUAUGCAUGAAUCCCUAGAUCUAGGCCUUUUGGGUUCCUAAUGCUCACUGUUCAGCUUUACUUUCUAGCAUCUUACUGGUUUUUUGUUAUGCAUGAAUCUUUUCUGGCCAUAGAACAAUUUUCCUCGUGGGAUUUAAAUUAUUUAUUUCUUUCAUCCCUCAGCUGGGUAAUUCUCAUGGCUCGGCUUCCCUUCGCGGCAUCUAACCGGUUUCUCCUGUUCUUGAUCAGGUGGCCCUUCCCUAUGCGGAGCCCUUGGUCCACUUCGCACUCGUCUGUGGAACGAGAUCUGGGCCUGCGCUGAGGUGCUACUCCCCGGGGAAUGUAGACAAGGAGCUGAUGGAGGCUGCCCGCAGUUUCCUCAGAAAUGGGGGGCUUCUGAUCGAACCCGAGACCAAUGUCGUGUCCGCUAGCAAGAUCCUUAAAUGGUAAUAAUCGACCCCCUUGGAUCUGAUAAAGUUAUUUGAAUAUCGUCCGAACUCAUAUUUACAUGCUCUUUUUACGAUUAUGCCAUUAAGAAAAACCCAACUCAGGUCAACCCUUUAUUUUUCAUGAUGAUUAUCUUCCGAAUUAUUUCUUAUUUCAGCAAAAAAAAGAAAAGAAAAGGGUUAAUUCUUUCCCAGAAUGGUUAUCAUGGAGCAGUUUGACGUCCGGUCGUAUCUUCAGAUUUUGGUCUGAUAAGGUCAACUUUUAGAUAUCAUCCAAACUCGUAUUCAUAUCCUCCACUAAUUAUAUGAUUCUAGUGAGAUUUAUCCUGCAAUUAAGAAAAACCCAGGUCAUAUCAACCGGAAUAUAGUUCGAAUUCUCCCGUUUUACCUAAUAUCUUUUUAUUUUCUUCCUUUGUGAUUAUUUUUAUUUAAAAGAGGAUAUUUACCCUGCAAUUAAGGAAAUCCCAAUUCAGAUCAACCCCAGUUCUUCGUGUCGAUCAUGCUGGGAAAUCUUCUAUAAAACCCACCAAAUUUAUAAUUCUUUUGUUUUUGUUCAGGUACAGCGUGGAUUUUGGCAAGAACGAGAGCGAGGUGAUCAAGCAUGCAGCAAACUACUUGGAAGCAUCGAAGUCCGAAGAAUUGCUGGGUCUGCUCGCAAACUCCCAGCCGAAGGUGGUUUAUCAGCCAUUCGACUGGGGCUUGAACUGCUAA